CACUGACUCCACCUUCAACAAUGGUGGGUGGUGGCUCCACAAACAGUGUUGAAGAAGUCUCCUACCACCACCCUCUCCAAGUUGAUGCUGCUGCCAUGGAUAUCCACCUUCAACAGCAACUGGCCUUCUCCAAUGAGAUAAUUAACAAUACCCAAUACCAUACCCAGAAUCAGAACCAAAUUUAUGAUCAAUCUAACCCCAACUGGGUUAAUGAAAUUGGGAUUCAAGAUAUGGGUUUCAUCAAUCCUGACCAUCAACAACUCCAGAUUGAUCACAACAGCAACUACAACCAGUCUUCAAUCCCAGAAACUCAAACCCCAGAAAUUCUCAACCUGUUCCACCACUUGCCUAGAUGCUCAGCUUCCUCUUUGCUUCCGAAUUCUUCAAUCUCUUUUUCAUUUCCGAUGGGGGAGACUAACGCGUCGUCUUAUGACCCACUAUACCAUCUGCAGCCUCCAUUGUUCAGGGAGUUGUUUCAGUCCCUACCAAAUGGAGGCUACACCUUGCCUGGCUCAUUGUUUGGGGGUGCAGGGGAUGAUCAGGAUCAGAGAGAUCAGCACGACGCAGGGGAUGGCUCGGUUCUUGAGUUCAAUGCAGGGGAUAUUCCUUGUGUCAAUAAGAGAAGGGGAGCUACUGGAAAGAAACAUUUCGCCACUGAGCGCGAUAGGAGAGAAAAUCUGAACCUGAAGUACAAGGCCUUGCAGAGCUUGGUUCCCAACCCAACUAAGGGUGAUCGAGCAUCCAUUGUGGGAGAUGCAAUUGAGUAUAUCAAAGAGCUUCUUAGAACUGUUAAUGAGCUCACGUUACUGGUAGAGAAGAAGAGAUGUAGCAGAGAGAGGAGCAAGAGGCACAAGACUGAAGAUGAUCCUGCUGGUGAAGUGGAGAGCUGUAACAUGAAGCCUCUUGGUGGUGAUGGGUCCUUAAGAAGUUCCUGGCUUCAGAGAAAAUUCAAAGAGACCGAGGUCGAUGUUCGUAUAAUUGAUGACGAGGUUACAAUCAAGCUUGUCCAGAGAAAGAUCAAUUGCUUGCUGUUAGUUUCCAAGGUCCUUGAUGAGCUUCAGUUGGACCUUCAUCAUGUUGCAGGAGGCCAUGUUGGAGAUUACUACAGUUUUCUCUUCAACUCCAAGAUAUGUGAAGGCUCUUCAGUGUAUGCCAGUGCUGUAGCCAACAAACUGCUUGAGGUUGUGGACAGACAGUAUGCAGCCAUCCCACCAAGUACUAGUUAUUAGGCUGUAAGACUCUUUCUGUUCCUGAGUCUUCUACCACUUUCAGUCAAGAAUAAAGAGUAUAUUUCUA